AAUCGAUUUCUGGCAUUUAUGAAAGGCGAGACACAAAUUAUGGCCGAUGAAGCAUUUCAAAAUGCCGUUCAAUCAUAUCAUGAUGUCUUUCUCAAGUCGGAUCGUGUACAGAAAAUGGUGCUCAGCGGUGCAUGUACCCAACAUGAUUUUCGGGAGGUCUUUCGUAAUAACAUUGAGAAGCGAGUAAGAUCACUGCCGGAAAUUGAUGGAUUGAGUAAGGAGACUGUCUUGACGUCGUGGAUGGCUAAAUUUGAUUGUAUUUUGAAAGGAACUGGUGACGAUGAACAUAAGAGACCAGCAAGGAUGCAGCCACUGAACAGUGAAAGCAUUUUAACAAAGGAACAGCUGUUUGACAUGUUUCAACAGAUUCUCGGUGUUAAAAAGUUUGAGCAUCAAAUUCUGUUCAAUGCUUUGAUGCUUGACUCAGCUGAUGAACAAGCAGCAGCAAUCCGACGUGAACUCGAUGGUCGAAUGCAACGAGUUCAAGCAAUGGAACACAACCGUAAAUUAAUGCCAAAAUUUGUGCUCAAAGAGAUGGAGUCACUGUACAUUGAGGAGCUGAAAUCUAGCAUAAAUCUUCUAAUGGCUAAUCUCGAGUCAUUGCCGGUGUCGAAAGGCGAUCCAAAGUACGGAAUUAAAAAGAAAAUUGGAAAGUACAAUCACAGCUCGGGAAAGAAAAGUAUGAAAAGCUCAAGCUCAUUCAGAAAAAUGAUACUCAGGUCACAGGGCUCGCUGGCAAAAAUGGAAGGCGAUGCCGAUGGCAGUGAUACGCAAUUGACAAAGAUGGAUGUUGUGCUCACAUUUCAACUUGAGAUUGUCGUUAUGGAAGUAAAAGGACUCAAGUCGUUGGCACCAAAUAGAAUUGUUUAUUGUACAAUGGAGGUUGAGGGAGGCGAGAAGCUGCAGACGGAUCAGGCUGAGGCAUCUAAACCGAUGUGGGACACGCAAGGUGACUUCACAACAACACACCCGCUUCCAUCCGUCAAAGUGAAAUUGUAUACAGAAAAUCCAGCAAUGUUGGCAUUAGAAGACAAAGAGCUCGGACGUGUCGUACUUAAGCCCACACCACUCUCAUCGAAAGCACCCGAAUGGCAUCGACUUACCGUGCCGAAAAAUCUUCCUGAUCAAGAUUUACGAAUAAAGAUUGCAUGUCGUAUGGAUAAGCCUCUUAAUAUGAAACAUUGUGGAUAUUUAUAUGGCAUCGGUAAAGGCGUGUGGAAGAAGUGGAAGAAACGUUAUUUUGUGUUAGUUCAAGUAUCACAAUAUACUUUUGCAAUGUGCACUUAUAAAGAGAAAAAGUCUGAGCCAUCGGAGAUGAUGCAAUUGGAUAAUUUUACCGUUGAUUAUAUUGAGGCAGCUAGUGCCGCUCUAAUGGUCGGAAUGGAUCUCGAAGGCGGUCGAUUUUUCUUCAAUGCCGUACGUGAAGGUGAUAGCGUAUUAUUUGCGAGUGACGACGAGAAUGAGUGCAGUUUAUGGGUGAUGGCACUUUAUCGUGCCACGGGACAAUCGCAUAAGCCAACGCCACCAAUAAGUUCGGGACAAAACUCAUCCAUAUCGAAACUUCAGGGUGAUGCUGAUAAGGCCCGUAAACAUGGCAUGGAGGACUACAUAAGUGCCGAUCCGUGUCAAUUUGAGCAUGCGCAGCUAUUUAAAGUAUUACAAAAUUUAACGUUAGAUUAUCGAUUGAAUGAUACAUUUUCAUCUAUGGGAUGGUUCAGUCCGGGACAAGUCUUUGUUCUCGAUGAAUAUUGUGCCAGAUAUGGCGUUCGUGGAUGCUACCGACACCUUUGUUACCUUUCCGAUCUUCUCGAUCGUGCUGAGAAGAAUUUAAUGAUUGAUCCCACGCUUAUUCAUUAUUCGUUUGCCUUCUGUGCUAGUCACGUGCAUGGAAAUCGACCUGAUGGUGUUGGAAGUAUUACGCAUGAGGAGAAGGAGAAAUUUCAAGAUAUUAAAGAGCGCUUACGUGUCUUAUUAGAAUAUCAAAUAACUAAUUUUAGAUUUUGUUUUCCAUUUGGACGGCCUGAGGGUUCAUUGAAAGCAACUCUUUCACUCCUCGAACGUGUUCUAAUGAAAGACAUUGUGACACCAGUUCCACCAGAAGAGGUUCGUUCAACAAUAAAGAAGAGUCUGGAGAAUGCAGCACUCGAUAAUUACACGAGAUUGUCAGCUGAGGCUAAAAUUGAGGAGGAUCUCCGAGGAGAAAUGAUGGUCGCUCCAGCCAAGAAACUUGAAGACUUGAUUCACUUAGCAGAACUUUGUGUCGACCUCCUCCAACAAAAUGAAGAACAUUACGCUGAGUUGCGCGCAAUCGAACCAGAAGCACCGAAACCAGAGGAAAUAGAACCAGUCGAGGAAGUCGGUCCGCAAAACACAAAAGCUGGCCAAGCUGCGUUACAAAAGAAAGACCCAAGUCCACCUGCUCCGUAUCGAUAUUGCAUGCCAACGCAUGCCGUCUACACCCCUCCGAAACCAACGGCAUUCGCAUGGUUCAGUGAUUUACUUGUGGAACAUGCUGAGAUGUUCUGGUCUAUGUUUGCUUGCGAUAUGGAACGAGUUUUGGCUGAGCAGCCUCCAGACACUUGGGAUUCUUUUCCACUCUUUCAAGUGCUCAAUGAUUAUCUUCGAACUGAUGAUAAUCUCAAGAACGGACGAUUUCACCAUCAACUGCAAACAAUCUUUGCUCCACUCGUGGUGCGCUACGUGGACCUGAUGGAGUCAUCAAUCGCACAAUCGAUCCAUAAAGGCUUCGAAAAGGAGAGAAAUGGCUGUGCAACAUCAGAAGAUCUCUUCUGGAAACUGGAUGCCCUCCAAUCAUUCAUUCGUGAUCUUCACUGGCCAGAUGCUGAAUUUCGACAACAUCUUGAACAACGGCUGAAGCUUAUGGCCUGUGAUAUGAUUGAGUCAUGUCUUCAGCGAACUGAACAGUCGUUCCAACAGUGGCUCAAGAAAUCUGUAACGUUUAUAUCGACGGAUUAUAUUAUAAGUACGGAAAUGUGUGCCAUGGUCAAUGUGAUACUCGAUGCCAAAAAUCAAUCGUUUAAAUUGUGUUCGGUUGAUGGGAUUGAUGUGCAUCAAUACCACUCAAAGAUCGAUGACCAAAUCGAUAAGGCACUUGCAUCAAUGACACAGGGUUUAAUUAAUAAGCUUGUGUCGGUUUUGGAGGGUGUUUUAGGCAAAUUAGCACGCUACGAUGAAGGUAGCUUGAUUGGAUCGCUGUUGAGUUUUACGAAUGUUUCCGGCUCAGGAAAAGAUCUAGGUCAGAGCUAUGUGAACUUUACACGCAACAAUAUCGACUUAAUCCGUGGCAAAAUAAACGACGAUUUGUGGAUUUUGAAUUUCUUCGAGCAAUGGUAUACAAAGACGAUAACAUUAUUAUGUAAUUGGCUGUCCGAACGUCUGGAUCAUUCAUUACACGUUUUUCAAUGUUUAUGUUUAUCGCAUAUUGUUAAGAAAAUUUACUCCGAUUUUGAGCUCCAAGGUGUGAUGGAAGACAAACUGAAUUCAAAGGCAUAUCAGACAGUUGCUCAGCGCAUGCAAGCUGAAGAAGCUACUUGUGCAUUGACCAUGCCUAGUGAGGAUGGUGAAGAUGAGUUUGCUGACGGUGAUGAUGACGACGGAGCAGUAUCAGUAGCAGCGAGUAAGUCCUCAAAGCACUUACCAGUAUUAGAAAAACUUGGUGAUGAAGAUGGCAAUAUUAACAUUGGCAGUGUGACAAACGCUGUCAAAGGAAAGGUCGGAAAUCUUUUGGGAAAAGGAAUUGGUGGCAUUGGCAUGGGUGGAUUAAACAAAUUAGGUGGAAGUUGGUUCUAAAAACUCUCUCUUUUUUUGCUCCUCUAAAUGUUAAUUUUUUUUCUUCUCUAUUUAAAAUCUUGUCGAAAUAUAAACAAACAAAAAAAAAUCUUCAAAGUUUUUCCUAGCAAAAAAAGUGUAAACAAAAAAAAUAUUUUUCCAUAAAAAAAAGUUUUUUCUGCUAAAUAUUUAAAUAAAAUUGAAUUUUUGCCCAAAAAUUGAAGAAUAUAAAACAGAUGAAAUAGUAAAAAUUAAUGAUGACAAACAAAAAAUAUUUAAAAACUGUUAUGAGAAUUUAAAAAUCAAUCAAAUUAAUGAAAUAGGAUAGAAAUGGUGGGUUUGUGUUACAGCGUGGAAGUUUGUUUUAAUCUUCAUUAUCUUGGGCCUUAAAUUUAGAUUUUUGGAAAAAUUCAAUUAUAAAUUAAACCUAUUCAAACUCAAAUUGAAUUAAUUCUUUAAAAAAGGUUCAGACCUAAUACAGCAUGGAAGUUUCUAACAUCUCAUUCCAUAAAUUAAUUCAAACUUGAACUAAUAAUCAC